UGCAACGUCUAUAGGUAUAUACAUAUUUUAAGUCUGUAUGAAAUUAAACAUUAAGGAAGCCGCAAAAACACAAAAUUAUGGAAGCAAUAUUAUACCCUAAAAUGUUUCAUAUGCCACUAAACAUUGUGGCAUAAGAAAGAACUCUCCUUGGCUCACGAUUUUGUUUGCAAGUAAAGAGUGAAUAAUUGUUUUUUAUUUAUAAAUAUGAAAACAAACUAUCCGUUUGAAGUUUGACAAUUUUCAAACCAAUAUUCUAACAAUUAUGGCAGUUACCGUAUCGCCAAAGCAUUUUUCUAUUAAUAUUAUAAGCCUUGAAGGUAAUAUUGCAAACAUUACUGUAAAACCAGACUUUACCAUUGAGAAAACGAAAACAAUGGUAAUGAAACAUUUAUAUGGCAAUGACAAGACAAAAAUCCCUUCUAAAUUCCGAUUAAUACAUUCAUCUAAAUUUAAACAACUUAUAGAUAGUAAUAGUAUAAAUGAUGAGCAAAUAAAUGAACAUGAUACAUUAAUGUUAGUAGAAGUUCGUCCAGUACCUGGAAAAGAAAAUUUAUCAGAUAAAGCUUUGAAAGGUCCAAACCAGGCAGCAAUAUUACAAGCAACUAGUGAUUUACCUAUAAUUAAUCCACCUCGUUUCAUUUCACCGAUUGAAUGUCUUGCAGAUGUAAAUUUUCAGAAUGAAAUACGACAAAUUUUAAUAUCACUUGUAAAAGCAUCUGCAAAAUCUUUAAUGUAUAGUUCAGAAUCACAGGAGAUUUAUAAUGUUUUGAAGGAUAAGUUACAAAUCAAAUGUAAUCAAAUUAAUGAUGAAAAUUCUAUAAAAGAACUAAUGGGAAAGGGUUAUUCUCGUAAAAGAAUUUUAAAAGCUCUUCGUUUAACAAAAUCAGAUCUGACAAGAGCAGUAGAUUGGUUAAUAGAACAUCAAGAUGAUCCAGAAGAUGAUGAUGAUGGUGAUGCUGAUGGUGAUGGUGAUGAUGAUGAUGAUGAGUUGUUAGCUAUUGAAAGAGACAAUGAUAAACAUGUUACAGGUCCCAGUUCAUCUACUGGUUCAAAAAACAAGUCUUUCAAAGAAACAUGUACUGAAUUAUUUACAGGAGGUUCACCAAAGGAGGGAAACUUACUUAGCAUCCUAGAUCUUUUGUUGCAAAGUUAUUAUCGUGAUAAGAAAAUAAACUUCAAACCUAACUCUAAAGCAAAACAGUUACUUUUGGAAAUGGGAUUUGACGAGAAAAGUAUUGUUGAUGCACUGAAGAUUACUGGGAAUAAUCUAGCUAAUGCUUGUGAAUGGUUGCUUGGAGAUAGGGGACAUAGUUUACAAGAUUUAGAUGAAGGCCUUGAUCCAGAGAGUCCAAUUUAUAAUGCAAUUAUGAAUAAUCCACACAUUCAACUUAAUCUUACAAAGUCUAAAAUGUUCUUAGUGUAUUUAUCUAUAAUAGAAUUUCCAACAACAAUAAAUAUGUGGAUUCAUGUUCCACAUGUUCUUGAUCAAAUACUUCAAAUUUAUCAGGAUAAAAAACAUUCCAAUCAUGUAAAUCAAUAUGCAGGCAGACAGAAAAAUCAAGAUUAAAGACAAAAAUUUGUAUGCAAUGAAGUUACAAGCUAUGUGACCACUAAAAACAAAUCACAUACCCAAUAUUACUACAAAUCUAAAUUUAUUAUAUGUACAUUCAUUUAAAUAAUUGCAUUUAAUAUAUAUCUAAAUACACAUAAUAUUUGCAACUUAGAGUGAAGUACAUAAUAUACGAUACACCAUAAAAUAUAUAAAUAACUAAUAAUGAUUUUCAAUUACUACUGGUUACUUAUAUAUCUUUAUAUUAAUGUCAUAGAACAAAUUAUAAUUAAUUA